AUUUCCUGUUCAAUUUCCGUUCCAUUUCCCCCUCCAUUCCCUCUCGCUCCCCCGUUCACUCCCCCGCGUUUCACCCUUCCUGUUCGUGCAACUUGUAAGUUAUGUCUGAAUCUGCAACUGCGACACCCGCUGUGGAGGAAGUGAGGAUGGAGGUAGGGGAUGCGAGCAGCGUGCCAAUUGAGGUCAAACAGACGGAAUCCGGGUCUGUGGCGGUCCCUCCGACGGUCGCGAAGACGGCGGGCGACGCGGGGUCAGACGACAAGCAGGCGACCAACGGGAGCGAUGACGAGGAUAAGUUUCGCGCUGCGCGGCAGAUCGAGUUCUAUUUCGCGGACUCUAACCUCCCCUUCGACAAGUUCAUGUGGACAUUGCACACGGCAAACCCCGAACACUGGGUCCCUCUCUCCACGGUAUCGUCCUUCAAACGCAUGCGUGAAUGGCAGAAGCACGGUCAUGCCUGGAUCGCCGACGCGCUCCGCAUGGCAUCUGAACUCGAGGUCAGUGAGGACGGCACCAAGGUGCGUCGGCGCACGGAGGUGCAGCCGCCCAAGGACCAGUUCGAGAGGAGUAUCUACGCUAAAGGAUUUGGUACGGAUGAGGACGGCGAGACGCAGGAGAAGCUGGAAAGCUUCUUCAACAAGUAUGGGCGGACGAACGCUGUGAGGAUGCGGAGGACGGAGGACAAAACGUUCAAGGGCUCCGUAUUCGUCGAGUUCACCGACUUCAAGUCCGUCGGGAUUUUCCUUAACGCCGACCCUAAGCCAUCAUGGAACGGCGAGGAGCUGAAGACCAUGACAAAAGAGGCCUACUGCGAGAUGAAGAUCAAGGAGAAGGGCCUCACGGGCAAGGCCGCACGGAUGCGCAAGCAGUCGUUCCAGACCGGCAGGGGCUUCAACGCGUUCCGCGAGAUGGAGGAGGCGAAGAAGAACAAGGACAAGAAGGACAAGGGAAAAGGGAAAGAAGAAGAGAAGAAGAAAGAGCCAGAGGUCUUCAUCGAGUUCAUGGGCAGCAAGAUCCGCGUCGAGCAGGGUGAAGAGGGCGGGACCGUCAAGGACGAGGACGUCCCUCUCGUGAAGGGUGCGUCGUUAACUUUCGCGGGGGCGGGCGAGAGCGUGACCUUCGAUGAGAUCAAGAGCCCGCUGAAGGAGCGCUUCCCGCGCGCACCGUACGUCAAGCACACUCGCGGAGAGAGCUCCGGUCUCGUUGGGUUCGAGAAGGCCCUUACAGAGGACGAGAUCGCGUACGUCAAAGAGCACCUCAAGACGCUCGGCGGAAAGGACGUCUCUUGGAGCAUCCCCGAUGAGGAGACGGAGCGUGCCUUUCAGCUUGAGCGCGCACAAGGCUCUGCCCGCCGCGCCGUACAUUACAGCCAGAGCAGCCGGGGCUCCAGCAGAGGCCGAGGCGGUCGAGGGCGUGGCGGCCGUGGUGGACGCGGUGGAGGCCGUGGUGGCGGACGCACACGGAGUGGUCCCAAGGAGAACGGCGCGGGCGCAGGAGCGGCUGCAGCCCCGGGCGAGGAGCAGACCGGUGAGAAACGCAAACGCGCAGUUGAGCCUGAUGGUGGCCCGACCGUCGGUCAACGCGGGCUUGCCGUCCCAGUCAUCCAGAGCGCGAAAAAGGCGAAGACGGACGAGGGGUCGUCAUGAGUAGUCAAAUUGGUUCGCGGCCUGAAGAAGCAUUACUAGGUUCGAUAGCGGUCAAAGCAUUAUUGUAGUUGUAACUUGUAUCGAGCAUUGGGCAUUUGUUUCGCAUGUAUCUGUCGACUUCUCGUGUGUACUCAUGAUUGAUUUACGAUUGCAACGCGUCUUUCUUGAGUGCC